AUGAUGAAAUUUGUCGUAUCCAUUCUGCUCUCGUUCUUCAUCAAAGUUGCGAGCGGUCAUACCGUAGCAACAUUUGCAAAUUCAACGAUCGAGGAGCGAGCUGCAGCUACCUGUGCUGACCCAACCCUUACCGAUAUUUAUGUCGAAUCCUACAGCCCGUCCUCCAAGUUUCAUCUUCUCCAAUUGCGCACCGAAUUCGUUGAUUCGCUUACUGAUGGGAAUGGUGACUUUGGGUUCCAAGGAAAUAUUUUCCGGGCUUGGAGUACACCCCAGCCUUUCACUUUCCCUUUGUAUCGUCUCGUCACCCCUCCCCCUCUGGACUAUCUCUUCGUCUUAUCGACGGACGGCAACCCACCCGUCGUUCCGGGCUUCCAAACCGAUCUGAUCACCGCAUAUAUUUAUUCUACUCAAGUCUGCAACAGCAUCCCCCUCUACUCGGUUGCUCGGGCAAGUGCCACCUACCAUUAUUAUACGACUGUUAUCAGCGAGCGGGAUGACAUGAUCAAUAAUCGGGGCUGGACCGAUUCCGGCAUCGUUGGCUAUGUCCUGCCUUUGAUUCCAGGUGACUCAAGCGUUUUUCUGAUUAAUUGCUGUUCUAACUAUGCCUAUUAG